GGAGCGCUGCGCGAGCUCAUUCAUGUUGGCUACAGUACAUCAAUAUGCUGCGAGAGGCCAGGCUGCUGGAUGGCAGUAAUGCACGCUCUGUCACAUACACACCCUCCCUCGCGCCUUAAAAAAACGAAUGAUUCGAUCUACAUUUAGGAGACCAGCUGGAGACAAAAGAUGCGACGUUCGGCUGAAAAUGAUUAAAUCGGAGCGUCUGCUGAACACCUCGCCCGUACUUGAAACGAGCUGCAGCAGCAUUCGUGGAGAGUAGCCUUGUCUUUUUUUUCUAGUUAGAAGCGAGACAUUUGUAGGCUGUAUGUUAUUAUCUGUACUUUGGACCUAUAUGGAAUGAUACGAAUGGCCGUAGGCGUGAUUCAAACUUUCUUAUAGUAGGCUAUAUAUUGCAAGGUGGAAGUCUGUUAAAGGGUAAAAGGGCAGAAGGUAGAGGUGACAUUAAAAUGCCGACAACCUAUAGCUCGAUUUCGCUCAACAAAACCAACCUUUUUACAGAGAGCUACGAAAUAAUGGAUUCUUCUGAAGCUAAAAGGCAGAUUAACUUGAUUUUAUUCUGCCUGUCCUUUGUCAUCACCACUGUUACUUUAGUUGGUGGAAUUUUCUCGCUCCUCUCAUUGUCAAAGAUGCGCAGUAAAACCUCUCUGUCUCUUAUUGUGGCUUCGAUGUCUAUAGACGACCUUAUUAGCGUGAUACCGCUCUCCCUGUUCUUGUUCGUGCAGUGGGAGAGAAAUGAUGUGGCCAGGUCCGGAACACGGUGCACUUUGUCAGGACUUCUUUAUAUUUUUCAGGGAGUAUCGAGCAAUUUGAAAGCUUCUUUGAUUGUAGCCUACACAUUUUACAUUACGAAACGUUUUGGAGCAUUCCAGUCCGCCAGACGACCGUUGAGGGUGAUGUGGGCGAUAGCCGCGGUAUGGAUAGUCAGCUUGACCGUCAGCAUUCUGCCAGUGUGCGGCUGGGGGUCUUUUUCUCCAACAACCUUAGGCUGCUUUGCUGAGAGCACAAGUUCUUAUGUUUUGCUCCUUUUUGUUUUAUACUCGAUAUGUUUUUGUGGGCUAGUCGCGUUCUCUGUUCCUCUCACAUAUCGCCUGCUAUGUUUGGGGGACCCUCAGAAGACUUUUCAUCCAAACUAUCUGGAAAUCACCGGGGGACUUAACGCAGAUGGAUCUGCUCCGCUAUGUGAAAUUCAGUCUUUUUCUCGGGACAGCCUCGAUAAAAGUUUUGGAACAUACAGCGAAAUUAAUUCGGAGCCUUCUGGCUUAAACAACAAGGCGGAGAUAUACACUUGUUCGACGUCAGCUAUCCCUAACCGCCAGGAUGCUGCCCAAAGUAGAAGGAACUCUCCUGUGUUCUUUGCACAGAAACGCUUCUCUUUGAUUGUGGCGAUGGUCCGGGUUGUUUUAUGGAUGCCUAUGAUGGUACAGAUCUUUGUGAGUCACACGGUCCACUUACGGAGCUCGUCCCUUGAGACCCUGUGUUUUUUCCUGACCUCACUCUCUGCUGCGGUCACACCAGUUUUCGUCCUGUCAGAACACUUCAUUCACCUCCCGUGCGGCUGCUUCAUAAAUUGCCGCCGCGAGCCCUCCACUGCGAAAAAAAGAGGUUUUGAAUUCAAUCUGUCCUUCCAGCAAGGCUACGGAUUUUAUAAAAUUGCUCAAGCAAAGACGCCCACCAUCGAAAAACCUCCUUACCACAACCUGUUCAAUUGUGAAUCCUCUGAGAGCAAAGACGGUGGUCAGGUAUCAAGCCUGGACCAUCUCGAGUUCAGGACCAUGCGUGCGGACAGCUCCCUACCCAGUGAGCUCCUCGGAACUAUCACGUGCGAAGCGAGAGCGGACAGUCUCACGCACAAUGCCGAGGAGCAGGGCGUCUUCUGCGGCGGCUCACCCCCUGUGUCCGUACGAGAAGACCACAAUCUCGAUACGUCCUCUGUUUUCGAGGGCCCAGAGCGAAGGCUGUCCCAUGAGGAGAGUCGCAAUAUCGAGCUCACUGACUGGGAGUGGUGUCGAAGUAAAUCGGAAAGGACUCCACGACAGAGGUCCAGUGGAGGCUUAGCCAUACCACUGUGUGCGUUCCAGGGCACUGUAUCUCUCCAUGCCCCCACAGGGAAGACUCUUUCUCUUUCCACCUACGAGGUGAGCAGCGACGGCCUCAAGAUAUCUCCCAACGGCAAGAAAGUGGAGGUGUACCGCUCCAAGUCAGUGGGGCACGAGCCCAGGACGGAGGAGCCGACAAGCUCUGUCGGCGGUGACACCAACGUGAAGAUUCACCUGGAGGUGCUGGAGAUCUGCGACAACGAGGAGGCCAUGGACAGCGUCUCCAUCAUCUCCAACAUCAGCCAGUCGUCCACGCACGCCCGCUCGCCCUCGCUGCGGUACUCUCGCCGGGAGAAUCGCUUCGUGUCCUGCGAUCUGGGCGAGAGCGCCUCCUAUUCGCUCCUCAUUCCCACCAGCAACCCUGACUCUGACAUCAACAUACACAUCCCAGACACGGUGGAGGCUCAUCGCCAGAACAGCAGGCGCCAGCACCAGGAGAAGUCGGGCUACCAGGAGGAGAUCCAGCUGCUGAACGAGGCCUACAGGAAGCAGGAGGCAGAUCCAGAGAACUGAGCAUCAGAGGAAGAGCACCAACAGAUGAACUGACAGUCAGGGAACCAAACAUCAGGUGAACCGUGGGCCAAAGAGAGAGAAAGGAGAGCUAAGGGUGAGAGAGAGAGAGAGAGAGAGAGAGAGAGAGAGAGAGAGAGAGAGAAACCUGGACAGUUGAGAAUCAGGCUUUUCACUGAUCACAAUUGUGGUUUUUCAUUCAGCAGUCACCCUGACUCAUCACAGACAAAUGGUGUGUCUGAGUCCCUGAGUGAGUCUUUAUGUGUGUGUGUGUGUGUAUAUAUCUGUGUCUGUGAGAGGGAGAGCAGCUUUCUCAGUCUCAUUUCCAGUCAUACAAUGUUGUGGAGUGCUGUAAGAUGGAAUUCUGCAGUGUAGAAGUAACUCCUGGUGUUUUUGUGGCUCAGACUUGGGAGUGAGGUGCUGUUUAGACAAACUGUUCAACCAUUUUAUGGCUUAUAUUCAUUCAGAAAAAUCUACAGCCAUGGAUAUGGUAACAAAGGCACAUGAUUUCUGAUUCACCUGCAUUCCAGAAAUGUUAUUUACAUGAGUGAAAAUGUAUGUUUAUGGUUGGUGGGGACAAAAAAGAAUGUUCUCUAUGUUCGUUACAAACCAAUUAUGUUCCCUUUGUUCAUGUCACUUGACAGCAUUUGCUUGGCCAGGUCACUGUUACAUUUAAUAAAUGCAUAAUUUAGCUUAGCAAUUGAAUAUUCAUUGCAGUUUCAAUACUCAGAACUAUUAAAUAUUCAUCAAAUGACUUUGAAGGCAACAUUUUAUUCCUUUUAAAAGUAAUCUUUAAAAAAAUGCUCCCAGCACACACACACACACACACACACACACACACACAAAAGGUAAUUUAAUUGUGACUUAUUAGAGAAAAUAGCUGUAGCCAUUCUCUAUGUUAGUGUUUGGUUCCUUGUAAGAAUGGACUCAUUCAGUUUUUCUAGGAAAUACAUGCCUUAUGUUGGUGUAAUGAUGUAAUGAAGCCUCUGAUAAAAGCCUCUGACUGUACCUGACUGAACAGACAUGGCUUAGUAGAUUAGUUCCAGGAUGGUAAUACAAUGCAUAAAGACCUAGUAUGUUUUCAAAGAGCUCUAUUGCUAUGUAAAUAAACCUUUUCGGACUGAAA